UCUGCCGAAAGUUCUUGAUUUUCCUAGGAGCUAUGGAUCCUAAUGGCUCCUAUCCUAACAGAGUCAGAUCCACUGAAAGUGAAUCCAAUGUAGCCCUAUCAGCACUACCACCAAACUUGCCUGAUGCACAAAUUACUCCUUUAUCCAUGGCCAACACCCAUAAUUCUAAUCCCAACCAUAGGGAAAUCAUUGAGAACCAGCCAGAAAUGUUAUUGCACCAAGCUUUCUUGUCAAAUCCUAUUAGGAACUACUUUGGUUCAUCAGAUCUAAGGAGGAUAUUGUCCAUGGAGUCUCCAUCAGUCACAUCCUUACUCCAAGGAGAUCCCGUUGCCGUUGUUCAUGCCCACCUUAAUACUAUUGGAGCAACAGAUGAUGGUCCAAUCUUUGGGAUCCCCACCACCCAUGUCAUCGAGGAGCAACAAAAUAUACCACAUAGAGUGCUAACCCAUGAUGCUACUGAUGGUGUACCUACCCCUCUUGCUCCAUUCAUGGCAUCCCCACAUGGCCUCAGAGAAGACAAGACUCAUAUAGGUGGCCCAAAUGUCGUUACCGAAAGUGUUAUUGUGCAUGAUUCUACGAGCUUACGUAAGUACAAAUGCAAGAUUUGUGAUCGCAAGUUCAACUCAUAUCAAGCCUAUGGUGGUCACAUGAAGUUCCAUAGUAUAGAAAGGAAGAAAAGGUUACAAAGUUGAUCUUCCCAGCUAGCCAGACAUCCCAUGAUUAUGAAUCUUGGGACAAAUAUUUCUACUAGCGCUAAAAUGGAUGAAAGCACAGAGGUUCUAUCGCAAGUGGAGAAAGUCAUUACGGUUUAUUUACUUUUAGAAAUAAGAGAUCAAUAAAAUAGCAUAGGAUUGGAAAAAUUGUUCUGUGGAUGUGAAAGAAUAUAACUUUCUUUGCUUGCAUCAU